AUGUCUCUGUUGACGCCUUUUAGAGCAACAGACCUAUUCAAGUUCAACCAGAUUAACCUGGAUCAUUGGACAGAGACUUAUUCCCUAUCUUUUUACCUCACCUACAUUUCCAAGUGGCCCGAGCUAUGUUACACUCAGUACAGCAGCAGCAGCAGCAGUGGCAGCUUUUGUAGUAUCAAGUCUGCGGCUGGGAACGGCGCGUCGCUCGAAGGAGGGCACGGAUCGAUGAUGGGAUAUGUGAUCGGGAAAGCGGAAGGAAGAGAUACAGGCAUGGAAAGGGUCAAGGAGCGGCAUGGUCACGUUACCGCUAUCACUGUCGCGCCCGAAUUUAGACGGUUGGGAGUGGCCAAGGGUCUGAUGAAUCUUUUGGAGGAUGCCAGUGAAAAGGUGUACAAUGUGAGUCGUGAACUUGGUCGCGAAUGCGAAUAUAUGCGGUGCGGUGCGGGACGGAGACCUAGUAUGGCGGGAAGCAUAAAUCGGAAUGAGAAUGGGGAAAUUGAAUACACUGACGCGCCACCUCUUUUGCAGUCUUAUUUUGUAGACUUGUUCGUCAGACCUUCCAACAGCCUCGCCGUGUCAAUGUACGAAAAGUUGGGUUAUGAAGUGUACCGCACUGUAGACAAAUACUACUCUGGAGGAGGAGCAGGAGGGACAGACGAGAAUGGAUGGGGUGAGUGUUGCAGAGUGCUCCCCCUUUUUUCUCCAUCACUUCUCCCUGGACUCGGACGUAACGUCGACCAUUGAGAAUCGUCGAGGAGAGACGGGCAUGCUGAUGUGGAAGUGGCACUUACUUUUCAUGUCGAACCCUUGUCUUUGCAGAUAUGAGAAAAGCGCUUAGUAGGGACAAGAAGAGGGAGACAGUUCGAGAUGGUAAGAAGGGAAGGACUGUAGUCGUCAAACCCGAGUGAGUGCGCGCAUGAUGCUUCACCCACGAACCACGGUCGAGGUGGUUGUGGCUGACGCGACUCGAUCCAAUCACGACCUAUACAGAGAUACGUGGUUCGAACCUGCUCGAAGACCCAGACCUUGA